AUGAUGAAUGGCUCCACCGCGGAGGGUCCCUGCACCUUGCCGCAACCACCCAAGUACAUCCUCGGACUGGAAGGGAGUGCAAACAAACUGGGGGUCAGCAUCAUAAAUAGCGACUUUCAAAUUCUGAUAAACAUGAGAAGAACCUACGUCUCCGAAAUUGGCUGUGGAUUUAUCCCUAGACAAAUUAACGCGCACCACAAGUAUUAUAUCAUCGAGAUGAUUAGAGACUGUCUCGAUAAAUUGAAAAUAAAGAUAACCGACAUACAUUUAAUAUGCUACACGAAAGGGCCAGGCAUUGGCUCCGCCCUCUACAUUGCCUACAACAUAAGCAAAUUCUUUUCCCUUCUCUUUAACAUUCCCGUUAUCGGAGUCAACCACUGCAUUGCCCACAUCGAAAUGGGCAUUUUCAUAACGAAGCUUUAUCACCCUAUCAUUUUAUACGUCAGUGGAAGCAACACACAGAUCAUUUACUUCAACGAUCACAAGAAGAGGUACGAAAUCAUCGGAGAGACGUUGGACAUAGCCAUUGGAAAUGUCAUCGACAGGUCCGCCAGGAUUCUCCGAAUUUCCAAUUCUCCUUCACCUGGGUAUAAUGUGGAAAUCUUGGCUAGGAAGAAAUAUCUCUUAAAUUUGGAGAAAAAAAAAAAAAAAAGCCUCAAUGAUGAUUCUAAUACGCCAAAUGAUUCCAACACGCCCUAUAUGCCCAAUAAGCCAAUGAGGGCGGACCCGUGUGACUACACCGAACUGCUCUUCUUCCCCUACACCAUAAAAGGGAUGGACAUCUCGUUCAGCGGGUACGACUACUACGUGAGUAAGUAUUUCUCCAGGUAUUUAACCAAGCGAGGCAAAAAGGGGAUGGACGGCGACGGGGGAAAGCCACCAAUGGGCGAUCAAGACGCCCCUAAGAGGAAGAAGUGGCACGACGGGGAAGAAGCCAACGAGGGGAAACAGUACCGGGGGGAAACCGACCAGGGAGGAAAAAGCGAUGCGGACGUCAACGGGGAGGAAGAUGACUAUGGAGAGGGCGACGCAGACGGAGGAGACGAAAACGUAGGAAACGCUAUCCGAGGAAACUCUAUGGGAGGCAACCCAAAUGAUGGCGGCACGCAACACUUUCCGCAGCCCAACUUGAGCAUUCACGCGGGCGUGCAGGGCAGCUCCUACUACGAAGAGAAUGUCAUCUGCAGCAUCGUCGGGAAGAAGAAUUACGGGGAGGACGAUCAUUACGCGGAGGACGACGACGGAGCCAUCGAGACGGACAGCGAUUUUUUCGACUCCAGCUCCGACGGUGGCGCGGCGGGGAGCGACAAAGAAGGGGUGGGGAACCUUUCCAGCCCACCCAUCGAAGAGCAACCACACAACAGCGCCAACCUAACGGACGAAGAGAAGCGGAAAAUACAAAUCUGCUACAGCCUGCAACACCACAUAUUCAGCAUGCUCAUCGAAAUCACCGAACGAGCCAUCGCCUUCACGAACAGCAAGGAGGUCAUCAUCGUGGGGGGAGUUGGCUGCAACGUUUUCCUACAAAACAUGAUGAAGAAAAUGGCAAAACAGAAAACUAUCAAAAUUGGAUUUAUGGAUCACAGCUACUGUGUGGACAACGGUGCCAUGAUUGCCUACACGGGGUACCUUGAAUUUUUGAAUACCAAAAAUAGGGAAAUCUACAAUUUUAAUAAUAUAAGUAUCCACCAGAGGUAUCGGACCGACGACGUGCUCGUGACGUGGAGGUAG